UGAUCGUCACCACAAGAAGAAAAAAAGACAAGGAAGUAGAAGUAAACGUCUGCAGCGUCUUGCUUGAAAAGCCAGUAAAGAUGAAUUUAAGUGGAAUACGCUUCUUAUUUAAUACUAUUGGUAGUGUUCGAAUGAGGAAACACUUAUUGGACAGUAAAACAUACCUGAGAUACACAGUAUGUUGUUUGCCGCUGCAGAGGUCAAUUAAAAGUGACUCGGCAAAGCUCGCUUACGCAAAGGAUUUAUUUCUUGGUCAAGUCAACAAGACGGAAGUAUUCCCUUAUCCACAAAUAGAGAAUGAAGAAUUGGAAGAAAUCAAUCAGCUUGUUGCUCCCGUGGAAAAAUUCUUCAAAGAGGAAGUCGACUCAGCAAAAAUUGACCGAGAAGCCAGCAUACCAACUGAGACGUUAAAUGGGUUAAAAGAACUCGGACUGUUUGGAAUCCAGAUCCCUGAGGAGUAUGGAGGUCUUGGACUGUCCAACACCAUGUAUGCAAGACUCGCAGAGAUCAUCUCAUUGGACGCAUCAAUUGCUGUCACACUGGCUGCUCAUCAAGCCAUUGGACUCAAAGGUAUUCUUAUCGCAGGGAAUAAAUCCCAGAAGAACAAGUAUCUGCCCAAGCUUGCCACUGGAGAAUACGUUGCAGCUUUUUGCUUGACUGAACCUGGAAGUGGAAGCGAUGCAGCGUCCAUUCAGACACGAGCAACAUUGUCAGAGGAUGGAAAACAUUACUUAAUUAAUGGUUCCAAGAUCUGGAUCUCAAACGGAGCAAUGGCUGACAUCAUGACGGUGUUUGCGCGCACUGAGGUGGAAGUAGAAGGCGUCAAGAAGGAUAAGAUUUCAGCUUUUAUUGUUGAGAGAGCUUUUGGAGGAGUCAUCAGUGGAAAGCCUGAGGACAAACUUGGCAUCCGAGGCUCGAACACUUGUGAAGUCACCUUCGACAAUGUUCCAGUGCCGUUGGACAAUAUAAUUGGACAAUUAGGUGAUGGCUUCAAGAUCGCCAUGAACAUCCUCAACUCUGGAAGAUUCAGCAUGGGAAGUUCCUCAGCUGGAAUGAUUAAAAAACUAAUCGAACUGGCGUCUGAGUAUGCUGCAACAAGGAAGCAGUUUAACAAAAGCCUGAGUGAAUUUGGUAUGAUACAGGAGAAGUUUGCAAUCAUGGCCUUGAACGCUUAUGUAAUGGAGAGCAUGGCCUACCUGACUGCAGGUAUGAUGGACAGACCUGGACUUCCUGAUUGUUCUUUGGAAGCUGCUAUGGUCAAGGUGUUCAGCUCCGAGGGAGGUUGGAUUUGUGUGAGUGAAGCUCUUCAGGUGCUUGGCGGUCUGGGUUAUACUAAGAACUACCCGUACGAGCGAUACGUCAGGGACUGUCGCAUCCUGCCAAUAUUCGAGGGUACCAAUGAAAUUCUCAGAAUGUACAUCGCUCUCACUGGAAUGCAAUAUGCCGGCAAAAUCCUCACGGAAAAAAUCAAAGAGAUAAAAAAAGGGGAUGUGAGCAUGGCUGUAGGAAUGAUGGGUAAGAAGAUCAAGGACAUGUUUGGAAGUUCCGUCGACUUGGGCCUUUGUGGAAAAGAUGGAGUGGUUCAUCCCAACUUAGAAGAGAGCGCUCAUAAGUUUGAACAGAACGUUCAAUUAUUUGCGUCCACCGUGGAAAAUCUGCUGUACAGAUUCGGAAAGUCAAUUGUGGAUGAACAGCUGAUCCUGAAGAGGGUAGCAGAUGUGCUCAUUAACCUCUACGCCAUGACAGCUGUACUGUCUAGAUGCAGCCGCUCCAUCAGCCUGGGCCUGAGGAACUUUGAUCAUGAGGUGCUGCUCACAAACACCUUCUGCAAUGAUGCCUACUUCAAGAACAAUUACAGGAUGGUACAGUUGCAAAAACACUCUCCUGAGAACGAUGACGCCAGCAUCAAGAAGAUUGCUCAAGAGGUGUUGGAGAACCGAGCGUACGUCUGCUCUCAUCCUCUGGACAGAACCUUUUGACUUGUGUGAACAUUUAAGUUUCAGUAAUAAAUGGUUUGCAUGUUUGCAGUA